UUCAGAUAAAGUGUCAACAACAACUCCAACUAAGCGGCCUUUACUUUCAACAGAGGCAAACAUUGCUUUGUCAAUAUUUUCACACUCCACGUUGAAUAUCGACAAAUGCACCAUAUUCUCCAAGGAUUUAACUUGUGGGUUUUCUUGCAUGUUGUUAUUUUGACGAAGCAACCCGUGGAGGCUGUCCUGUUGCUCCAUCGAAGCCAACGUGUAGGCCUUUAAGCUAUACGUUUUUGUGGAUCCCAGAAUAUUUCAGAAGUUUACGGGUUGGUGUUGAUUUGGUCGAGAGCAAGGCAUCGUUGGCGGAGUUUUAGGAGACAUGACAGCACUAGCGGGGGGCAUACCGAGGAUGAUGCGCCCGAACCCACACCAAAACUACCCGCGGGGAGGCUACUCUCUGGAAGUCUCUACCCCGUUAGGCCAGGGCCGGGUGAACCAGCUCGGUGGGAUGUUUAUCAACGGCAGACCCCUGCCCAACCACAUCCGCCACAAGAUCGUGGAGAUGGCCCACCACGGCAUCCGACCCUGUGUCAUCUCCCGCCAGCUCCGAGUCUCCCAUGGAUGCGUGUCCAAAAUCUUGUGCCGGUACCAAGAGACAGGCUCCAUCAGGCCCGGGUCCAUCGGAGGCAGCAAACCCAAGCAGACAACAACCCCAGAUGUGGACAAGAAGAUCGAGGAAUACAAGAAAGACAACCCGGGCAUGUUCAGCUGGGAAAUCAGGGAUAAAUUACUCAAAGAUGGGAUCUGCGACAGAAACAACAUCCCCUCAGUGAGUUCAAUCAGCCGUAUCAUGCGUUGUAAAUUCGGGGGAGUUGGAGGAGAAGAUGAGGAGGACGAUGAUGAAAUCCAGAAAAGGGAAUUGGAAGAGAACGAAAGACGAGCGAAACACAGCAUCGACGGCAUCCUCGGGGAUAGAUCCAGCCACUCAGACGAGGGUUCGGACGUGGACUCCGAGCCGGGCCUGCCACUAAAGAGGAAACAGCGUCGCAGUAGGACCACCUUCUCAGCCGAGCAGCUGGAGGAGCUGGAGAGAGCCUUUGAACGAACACACUACCCUGAUAUAUACACCAGAGAAGAGCUAGCUCAGAGGGCCAAACUCACAGAAGCCAGAGUUCAGGUGUGGUUCAGCAACAGGAGAGCCAGGUGGAGGAAACAGGCAGGAGCCAAUCAGCUAAUGGCAUUUAAUCACCUGAUCCCCGGCGGUUUCCCACCUUCGGCCAUGUCGAGCUUGCAGCCAUAUCAGCUGUCAGACACCCCCUACCCUCCCACCUCCAUCUCACAAACAGUGUCAGAGCAGCACAGUACGGUCCACAGGCCUCAGCCUCUCCCCCCCACCUCGGUGCACCAGGGUGGGCUUGGCUCCUCAGUGGGGACCCAGGACGGGAGUUCGGCCUACUGCCUGUCCUCCGGACGCCACGGCUUCUCAGGCUACUCAGACAGCUUUGUGCCCCCCCCUGGCCACUCCAACCCAGUCAACCCCAGCAUUAGCAACGGCCUCUCACCGCAGGUGAUGGGGCUGUUGAACCCGGGAGGAGUGCCCCACCAGCCUAGCCACCAGAGUGACUUUGCCCUCUCUCCCCUGACUGGUGGGAUGGAGCCCGGGGGUGGUAUGGCGGCCAGCUGCCACGGCUCCCAGCGGGGCCUGGAGGGUCUGCCAGGCCUGACCAGCAUGCCCACCCUGCCCAACUCCCAGUCCUACUGCCCGCCCACCUACAGUUCCCCAGCCUACGCUAUGGACCACCACCCCUCAUACCAGUACGGACAGUAUGGACAGAGCAAGGUGCCUUUCAUUAUCUGAAGCCCCACCAUGGCCAGGAGUGGAUGAGAUCUCUGGUCAACCCGACAGUCAACUCUGGAGCACUCCCCUUUCCUCUCUUCUUCCCCCCUCUGCCUUCUCCCCACCCAGCCCCUGAGGAGAAGAGACAACCCAGAGAGAUGGAGGGAAGGGGGUUGUUUUGGGGAUUCGUGGAUGUGAGGGGGAGGGUUGACUCAAUGGGAUAAUCAGGACCAAAGGGGAAGCCCUCUCUAGUUACCUGGCACUCGCCCCGCUCGCGCUUCACUUCAUGCUCCGAAAACCAAGCACGCCUCGCUCUCCAUGCUUGACGAGAAAAAUAAAUGGAGAGAAGGAGAAGAAGAGGAUAAAAAAAGGAGUGAAUUAAACCCCAACAAAAAACCACAUUUACUCAUUCAACACUCUGCCUUUGAUUUGUAAUAAGUGGCAGAGAGUGGGAGAGGACUGGGUAAACAGUUUUCCUUCCAUGGAUGUGCUUUCAGGGUAUAUUGUGAUGAAUGGAGGAAAAUAAGGUUUUAGGGCACAAUCCCGAGGCAUAAGGAUGAUGUAUGGACCUGCAAUAGGCACACCGCUCACUCAGCCACAAUGCUCUAUGUAAAGGCACUCACAAUGUCUUUGGGAAAUACUGCGUGCUGAGACUUUGUAUUAUUUGAUAUGAUUUGGGGAAAUUAAAUGUGAUCUAUCAGGAGAAGAAAAACUGCCAUUAAUUUGAUUUGUAAAAAUGACUCUAAGCAUAUGUACUGUAGGUCUGGACAGUGAAGGUCUGGACAGUCUUUCACCCAACUAGGAUGAUAGAGAGAGAAAUAUACUGUAGUAGAUGGAAGCUGCUGCAACCCAAAGAAGUGCAAUACAUUCAAACCUCAGAUGAAAUGAAUUGACACAUCCCUGUAUAACAAUCUCCUCAAUUAACUGACUACAUCCUUUUUGUAAUCCAUAUUGUUUUGAGCAAAAACAAUGGUAACUGGGUUGCACGGAUCACUUUGAAGCGAGAAUCAUCCUAACACAAGAUCUGUGCACGUACAGGUAGCUUGGACUUUUGCAUAAACCUUGCAUUGAUUUCAAUGGCAGAUUUGAGAAGAAAUCGGAGUAGGACCAGGGCCUAUAUUCAGAAAGUAUCUCAGAGUAGGAGUACUGAUCUAGGAUCAGGUCCCUCCUGUCCAUAUAAUCAUAUUAGUUAUGAUCAAAAUGGCAAAACAUCAUUCCUACUCCGAUACACUUUGUGAAUACAGGCCCAGGCUACCAGUCACAGUCCAAUCAAGUGUAAAUUGGACCUGGUAAAACAUACCACUCUCAUUCAUUUAGUAUUUAUUCAGUCCACCUCUUCUCUGUUAGUAUCCCUGAUCAUAGCAUUCAGUUGUGUGGAAAUCAAACUUUUAUUUUUCUGCCUUGUUUCUUUUGUAUACAUAUAUCAUUUUCAUUUAUGACUGCAUCAAAUGAUUUGUGUUUUAAUAUGUCUCGUGUCAAAUG